UUUUUACCGUAGGUGUACGAUGAUCAAGUCAAAACAACACGCAAUGUCAAAUGGUGAAAAUGUUUAAAUUUAAAAGAAGGUUUACUCAAUCAUGAAAUGACUUGUAUUGGUGCGGCUACGCGUAAAAGAGUUCUCUGCAUAUCGUCCCCAACACUUACAGUAACGGGGGAAAUAAAACCGUUUUCUUCGUGUGUAACGCCGGCAGGUGAUAACGAAAGUAUUGCAUGCAUAUUGAAUAAACCGUGAAUUGAGGUCUGACAUAAGAUAACCUUGUAUAAAUUAAAAUAUUUUAUUUAUUAUAUAACCACCAAUUUUUUAUGAUCUUCUUUGAACUGGCAAAAUUAACUUCAUAAUCACGAUUUUAUGGAAACCUUCCAAAAGCGAUACUUCCAACACAGCCUUAAAGCAGCAUGAAAACUUUGUGUGAUGAUGCGCCAGCUGUCAAUUUCUAUAAUAAAUACAAAAUUAGACAAUGAAUUGUUUAUAAUUAAUAACCUAUUCGCAAAUGACACAGAAUGAAAAAAAAAAUAAAUGUUUUGAUUUGAAAGUUGCAAUCGUUCAGUUGGUCUUCAGAAGGAGUUUAGACCUAAAUAACUAGUUUGCAAACUUGGCCAAACGUUAGGUCUAUGUGUACGAGAAAUUAGAAAUUUUAUCAUCGGAUUUCAGUUCCCUAUGCUUGUUUGUCUAGAUCUGUCUAUCUGACCGGAUAAAUUACGCACGUGCUCAACAGGAAAAUUUUUCUUGAACCAAAAUGAGUGACUCAUUAUCCGGUUUUGUUUUUUCAAUGAAAUUUAUUAACAUUCACAUUUAAGGCAGAUUUGUCACUUGUGAUCACACUCGAUUCGAAAAGGACGAUAAGCUAUUCCAUUGAUGCGAUGAAUUUUGUUUCCUUGAGUUUUCUUUCCAGUUUGCUGUUCUUAGCCUUCUUUGUGACGAAUCAAGUUUCGGCAAAGCCUGGGAACAGUAAAACUAAACCUAUCAAGACAAAGAAAUGUAACAACAUUUAUUUCUACGAGGCACCAAACAAGAAGAUGGAAACUAUGUUAAAGGAUAUAAAGAAACAGCUCGCCCACAUGCAAACUGACAUCAACAUUCUCAAAGGAAAACAGAAACCGAAAGGUAAAGUCCAGAAAUAUGUCGAAAAAUUCCUUUUAUUAGCCAAUCCUAAUCAAUGAUCGGGGUUUCUGGUCUUCUCCCGACUGCGAGAAACUGUUCGGUGUGGUCGGCGCCGCUGAUCGCCGACUAGAAAUGAAAUGGCACAAGUUCUUUCACAUUUAAUUUGUUUAUUCUUACAGCUAAGAGGAACUGUGCUGAGCUUUACAAAUCUGGUCAAAAAGUCAGCGGAGUUUACGCCAUCGACCCUGAUGGUUCAGGUGCCUUCAAUGUCUUCUGUGACCAAACCACAGCCGGUGGAGGAUGGACAGUGUUCCAAAAGAGAUUGGAUGGCUCUGUUAAUUUCUAUCGCGGCUGGGCUGACUACAAGAAUGGCUUUGGUAACCUGAAUGGCGAGUUUUGGCUGGGGCUCGAUAAGGUAAACCGCCUGACAAAAACAAAGAACAAACUUCGAGUCGAUCUGGAAGAUACUACAGGUAAAAACGCUUAUGCCGAAUACGACCUGUUUGCAGUGACUAGUGAAAAAGCUAAGUACCAGUUGAGUCUUGGAACCUACUCAGGUGAGUUAUAAUCUACGUCAGCUGUCAUCCGUUAUUUUUGAGGAUCUCCCAGGGAAAGUAGGCGCGAAUAUUUAAUAUGAGGUCUUGCAUCCGUAUAUCUCUGACAUUUUGAAUAGAUACCAACUGGUUUUCAAUAAAUUAAACACUCGAUCAUUUUUUCCUAACAAAGAGGGCAAUCAUAUAUUGAGUUGUAAUCGACGUCACACGUCGUUAAGAUCUUUCCAGGAGGGUAGGCAUAAAUUUCCAAUUGGGAUCUCGCAGCAGUAUUUUCCGACUGGUUUUAAAUAAAUGCUUGAUCACGUUCUCCAAAUUAAAAAGAAGGGAGUCGUAUAACCCUGACCAGCCCCCCCGCCCAAACCGCUAGGUCAACAACAACUUUGUUUUCGUAUCGUACCUUAAUUAUUAGGAAAUGAUAUGUUUCUCUCGGUUUAUCAUAUAGAGACUGUGCUAGCUUUCAACGUAGCCUCAGAAUUCUGCCUCCACCAAGAGAUUGUAAUCUCUUUGCCUUCAAUUUUUUCCCUUUUUCUGUUUCAGGUACUGCAGGUGAUUCUCUCUCUGGGCAUCGUGGUUCUCCCUUCACAACCAAAGAUCAGGACAAUGACACCUGGGGCAGUAACUGUGCUGUGAAAUACAAAGGAGCCUGGUGGUACACAAGUUGUCAUGCAUCAAACUUGAAUGGUGUUUAUCAUCAUGGGAAGCACUCCUCAUAUGCUGAUGGAGUCAAUUGGUCAUCUUGGAAAGGAUAUCACUACUCCGCCAAGAGAGCUGAGAUGAAAAUCAGACCAGUAAAGUUUUAGAACUUGCCGUCACUUGUCUUGAGUACUGACCUGAACCAAGACAAAAUAAGAGCUGAAAGAGAAAUGUCAAGCUUCUUUAGAGUGAUUAAAGAGUUCAAAAAGUCCUUUUUUCUUGUUUGUGGAAUUAUUUGCACCUCAUUCCUACCACAACAUCUCUGUCACGUCAUUUACAGCAUGGAUUCCACGAUCCUAAAGCAAACUUUUACUAAUUCAAUGACCAAGGCAUUUUAAAUCAAAUAUUCCCUCAAAAAAAAGGAAAGAGAUAAUCUUAGCACAGUAAUGAAUGCCUUUGCUGGCAAAGAUGGAUUGUAGAUGCAAAGUAAACAUUGUUAUGAUCAUUAUUUUCAUCAUCUCUUUUACUUUUAUAUUCAAGUAUUACUGAAAAUUUACCAGGACAUUUUAAAAUAUAACCUAAAAAUUCACUAUUACAAACGUUGUAUGAAGAGCACUUUCUUAAAGAGUGAAAUUCUCACUUGAUUUUAACUUUACAAGAUGCAAUCGCGUUCGCUGCAUCAUCGCAGACAUUGAAUAACCUCAGGAAAUUUAGUUGAGAUAUUCAUAGCUGUUAUGUAACGUAUUCGAUAUCAUUGUUCCAAGAUUAGAUUUUUAAGGUUGUCUUUUCGGUCUUCUGAUUUCAUUACGUAUAAUGUUUACCUUCACGCAUUGUGGCUGUAGAAGUAAAACUUUCAUUACCGUCCGGUCUGUUAACCAGUCGAUUUUGAUAUGAGAAAAAAGUUGGAAACCAUCUUUGAGACCCUUAAUGACUCUUAUGAAACAAGCAAAAGAGAGCGAAAGAACAAAGUGUAAAGUGAAAUAACAAAAAGAAACAUUUCCUCAAGCUUACUUAAUUAAAAUGCACCUCGUAAGAAGCCUGACAAUAAUGUGAGGUAAACACGAAACGUGAAAACAUGAUAAGGCUACGAGUUCAGUGUCUUUGUUAGGUUUUUUGUUGUUUUUUUUUUUUUUUAUUUAAAUUAAAAUGAAAUUUUUUUUAAAUUUAACUGCUACCGAGCUUUAAAUCGAGUCACCUCGAAUCUCUCAAUAUACGCACCUAACAUUAACUUAUAGAACAGACUGGCCAAUGCAACUUUUUGCGAGCAUAGUUCACGAC